CGACGACGGCGGCGGCGGCGGCGGGAGGGGCCGGACCGGACCGGGCCGUUACCGGGACCGGACCGGGACAGGGGCAAAGCCAAGGCCGGGGGCAGGUUCGGGGUCCGGUGAGGACCAUGGCUCCUCGGCUGCAGCUGGAGAAGGCGGCGUGGCGCUGGACCGAGACGGUGCCGCCCGAGGCAGUGGCGCAGGAACACAUCGAAGCGGCCUACCGCGUCGGGCUGGAGCCCUGCCAGCGCGGGGCCUGCCGGAGGAACUGCCGGGGGAACCCCAACUGCCUGGUGGGGAUUGGGGAGCACAUCUGGCUGGGGGAGAUAGAUGAGAACAGCUUCCACAACAUCGAUGACCCCAACUGCGAGCGCCGCAAGAAGAAUGCAUUCGUGGGUUUGACCAACCUGGGGGCCACCUGCUACGUCAACACCUUCCUGCAGAUGUGGUUCCUGAACCUGGAGCUCCGCCAAGCCCUCUACCUCUGCCCCUCCAGUGACCAUGCCAGUGGGGAGGGCAUCCCCAAAGACAAAGACUAUGAGCCCCAGAGUGUCUGUGAGCACCUCCAGUACCUCUUUGCUCUGCUGCAGAACAGCAAACGCCGCUACAUCGACCCCUCGGGCUUCGUCAAGGCACUGGGGCUGGACACAGGGCAGCAGCAGGAUGCCCAGGAGUUUUCCAAACUCUUCAUGUCACUGCUGGAAGAUACUUUAUCCAAACAGAAAAACCCAGAUGUUCGAAACAUCGUGCAGAAGCAGUUCUGUGGAGAGUACGCCUACGUCACGGUAUGCAACCAGUGUGGCAGGGAGUCCAAACUCCUGUCUAAAUUUUACGAGCUGGAGUUAAACAUCCAAGGACACAAGCAGCUGACAGACUGCAUAACAGAAUUUCUGAAGGAAGAAAAAUUAGAAGGGGACAAUCGUUAUUUUUGUGAAACUUGUCAGAGUAAACAGAAUGCCACCAGGAAGAUCAGGCUGCUCAGCCUUCCCUGCACCCUCAACCUGCAGCUGAUGCGUUUUGUGUUUGACAGACAAACUGGUCAUAAGAAGAAGCUCAACACCUACAUUGGUUUCUCUGAGCUGCUUGACAUGGAGCCUUUCAUGGAACAAAAAAAUGGUGUCUAUGUGUACGAGCUCAGUGCUGUCCUCAUCCACCGCGGCGUCAGCGCCUACUCCGGCCACUACAUCGCCCACGUCAAGGACCCGCAGACGGGCGAGUGGUACAAGUUCAAUGAUGAAGACAUAGAAAAGAUGGAGGGGAAGAAACUGCAGCUGGGGAUUGAGGAAGAUCUAGCAGAACCUUCCAAAUCCCAAACUCGGAAACCCAAGUGUGGGAAGGGGACUCACUGCUCCCGCAAUGCCUACAUGCUGGUGUACAGGCUGCAAACCCGGGAGAAAUCCCUGACAGUGGAAGUACCAGCUUUUCUGCAGGAGCUGGUGGAGAGGGAUAAUUGCAAGUUUGAGGAGUGGUGCAACGAAAUGGCCGAGAUGCGCAAGCAGAGCGUGGCCAGGGGCAAAAUCAAACACGAAGAGGUGAAGGAGCUCUACAAAAAGUUACCCGCUGAAGCUGGUUCCCCCUACGACUUUAUUUCUCUGGAAUGGCUGCAGAAAUGGCUGGAUGAGUCUACUCCUCCCAAACCUAUAGACAACACGGCCUGCCUGUGUGCCCAUGGCAAACUCCACCCGGAUAAAAUCCCCAUCAUGAAAAGAAUAUCAGAGUACGUGGCUGACUUCUUCUACAGGAGAUAUGGAGGAGGACCCCGGCUGAAUGUCAAAGCACUUUGCAAGGACUGUGUGGUGGAAAGGUGUCGAAUCCUGCGCCUGAAAAACCAGUUAAACGAGGACUACAAAACCGUUACCAACCUGCUGAAGGUCACAGUCAAGGGGAAUGAUGGGUUCUGGGUUGGGAAAGCAUCCCUGAGGAGCUGGCGUCAGUUGGCUCUGGAGCAGUUAAAUGAACAGGAUGAAGACACUGAGCACAGCAAUGGGAAAAUGAAUGGGAAUGCACAAAGCAAAGGUGAUUCUGCUGCUGGAGAAACCCCCCAGCUCUGCCUGAUACCUCCUGACAACACAUCAGAUGAAUCGAAUGAGGAGAAGAGAGAGGAGGAAGAGGAGUUAAAUUUUAAUGAAGACAUAGUUUGCCCACAUGGUGACCUCUGCAUAUCCGAAAACGAGCGCAGGGUGGUUUCAAAGGAAGCCUGGGAGAAACUCAAGCAAUAUUUUCCAAAGGCCCCUGAAUUCCCCAACAACAAGGAGUGCUGCUCCCAGUGCAAGAUUUUGGAGCGUGAAGGAGAAGAAAAUGAAGCUCUGCAUAAGAUGAUGGCCAGUGAACAGAAGACCUCUCUCCAGAACCUGUUUCAUGAUAAAUGCAGACCCUGUCUGGGCAGCUGGCCUCAGGAGACAGAUGAGCUGUAUAUUGUUUCGCAGUUCUUUGUAGAAGAAUGGAGGAAAUUUGUCAGGAGGCCGACACGAUGCAGCCCCGUGUCCUCGGUAGGAAACAGUGCUCUGCUCUGUCCCCAUGGGGGCCUCAUGUUCACCUAUGCUUCCAUGACCAAAGAAGACUCCAAACUUAUAGCUCUGAUAUGGCCCAACGAGUGGGAAAGGAUUCAAAAACUCUUUGUCGUGGAUCACGUCAUCAAAAUCACCCGAACACGAGCAGAUGGGACUGACCCCAAGGGCACACGUUUCACCUCUGAGCCCCAACUCUGUCCAGAGUGCAGAGAAGGGCUCUUAUGCCAACAGCAACGGGACUUGAGGGAAUAUACCCAGGCAACCAUCUACGUCCAUAAAGUAGUGGAUAAUAAAAAGGUAAUGAAGGACGCUGCUCCGGAGCUGAACAUGAGCAGCUCAGAAGCUGAAGAGGAAAGGGAGGAAAACAAGCCAGAGGGGGAGCAAGAUCCAGAUUUUAACCAGGCCAAUGGUGGGGCAAAGCGCCAGAAGCUCUCCCACCAGAGCUACAUCACUUACCAAAAACAAGGCAUCAGGAGGAGCACCCGGCACAGGAAAGUCAGAGGGGAGAAAGCACUGCUUGUUUCUGCCAACCAGACACUGAAAGAGCUGAAAAUCCAGAUCAUGCAUGCAUUUUCAGUUGCUCCCUUCGACCAGAACUUGUCAAUUGAUGGGAAGAUCCUGAGUGAUGACACCGCCACGCUGGGCAGCCUGGGGGUCAUCCCUGAGUCUGUCAUCUUACUGAAGGCUGAUGAACCAAUUGCAGAUUAUGCAGCAAUGGAUGAUGUCAUGCAAGUGUGUAUGCCUGAAGAAGGAUUUAAAGGGACUGGUUUACUUGGACACUGAUGUUUAAAACGUUGACAACAGAGAAGAAGGGAAGAGGAUUUUGACAUGGUAGGGCAUUAAAAGAAAAAACAAACAAAAAAUUGGAUACAGGACUGAACUUUGACUCUUCCAGAAGGCAGAAACCCGUUUGGAAAUGACUGCCCCCUUCCCCUCCCUCCAAAAGAAGAUAAAAAUGCCUUAUGUCAAAGCAGAUUGCACUGAAGGACACCCUGCCUUCGAGAGAAUGUUCCCCGUUUUAUAUUUAAUAAAAGCAACAGGAAGGUUGGAAAGUUGA